GGCCAGAGGAAGAGUUCUGACCAAACCAAAGUGUAGGCCAGAGCAAAAUGAAUUGACAGUAAUAGAACUGCUAGCCCAACCGAGUGUCCCAGCUGUGGCAACAAGAACCUACCUGAGGACCCCUCAGCUGAUGUCUUCAUUUUCCUUUUAAUCUAUGUUUAUGCUCUGCACGCCUGAAUCCCGUCACUCUCUGCUACCCCCAGAGAAGUCCCUGUUUUGGUUUACACCACAAGGUUUCUAGGAGUUCUCCUUAUCCCACUUUCCUGGGCUCUAGGAACUCCCCCAAAAUGACCCUCAACCCUAUGAUUCUGAGCAUUAUGGUGUCAGUCACUGCAUGACCUUAGGCUGCCACAGAGCCCAAAUUUCCUGCCACUCAACUGGCUCUGCAGAAUUUUGACAUGACCUACAGUGUGCAAUUUGGUGAUCUCUGGCCAUCCAUCCGGGUCAGUCUCCUUUCAGAGCAGAAGUAUGGUGCACUGGUUAAUAACUUUGCUGCCUGGGAUCAUGUGAGUGGUGAGCUGGAGCAACUGAGGGCCAGGGACUUUGUGAAGGAAGCCAUUUCCCACGGGGAACUGGAGCCUGAGGGUGGCCAGACUCCAACUCCAACUCCAGCCUCCGGGGCCUACAGCCCGAACCUUCGAUGCUUCACUUUUGCCAGAGGGGAUGUCAGUCGGUUCCCUCCUGCCAGGCUUGGCAGCCUGGGUGUCAUGGACUACUACCUGAUGGAUGCUGCUUCCUUGCUGCCUGUCCUGGCCCUUGGCCUACAGCCUGGCGACACCGUGCUUGACUUAUGUGCAGCGCCCGGGGGAAAGACACUAGCACUGCUUCAGACUGGCUGUUGCCGCAAUCUCGCUGCCAAUGAUGUGUCCACCUCUCGAACAGGCAGACUACAGAGGGUCCUUCACAGCUAUGUGCCUCAAGAUAUCAGGGAUAGAAAUCGAGUUCGAGUCACCUCAUGGGAUGGCAGGAAGUGGGGAGAACUGGAGGGGGACACCUAUGACCGGGUGCUGGUGGACGUGCCCUGUACCACAGACCGCCACUCCCUUCACGAGGAGGAGAACAACAUCUUUCAGCGGUCGAGGAAGAAGGAGCGGCAGAUGUUGCCUAUGCUUCAGGUGCAGCUGCUCGCGGCGGGACUCCUUGCCACCAAACCAGGAGGCCAUGUUGUCUAUUCCACCUGCUCACUCUCACACUUACAGAACGAGUAUGUGGUGCAAGGCACCAUCGAGUUCCUGGCCAAUCAAUACAGCAUCAAGGUUCAGGUGGAAGACCUGACUCACUUCCGAAAGCUUUUCAUGGACACAUUUUCUUUCUUCCCAUCCUGCCAGGUUGGGGAGCUGGUAAUCCCAAACCUCUUGGCCAAUUUUGGGCCUAUGUACUUCUGCAAAAUGUGUAGGCUGACAUAGCAUCACCCUGUUCCCAAAGUCCUGGUGUAGGAGGGUGAAGGGUAUACUCCCGUGGAGGCACCAGAAACUGAGACCCGUGGCAAAGAUGCACUCUGGGUCCUACCGCCAUCCUGUUCAAGUCUUUCUAUAGACAGUUUUCAGCGUUAGAAAGUAGGAGUUUUCUGUCCUGCUGUCCAAUUGUGAGAGCAUCAGCAGGUUUCUAACUCACUUAUUAUACCCUCUCCCCCCGUUUCUAAGCCUGUGCUAAAGGUUCCUGCCCCAUUAAGAGCUGAGGAGCCAGUGAGCAGGCCCACACUUUAAGCUGUAAACUUGGGAAGAAGCAUUUAGCCAAUAAAACUGUUGAAGCUCCA